AGUGCAGCAUUACUAAUCGAAUGACUAGUUUACACGUCAAUUUACUGAAGACAAAUUCUGCCCUACACGAAAUAAAGUAUUUUUUUAUUAAACAUGGGAUUAACCAUAUCUAGUCUUUUGACACGUUUGUUUGGAAAGAAACAAAUGCGUAUUCUUAUGGUUGGUUUAGAUGCUGCGGGAAAAACGACUAUUCUAUACAAAUUAAAACUGGGUGAAAUUGUAACCACCAUACCAACCAUAGGCUUCAAUGUUGAAACUGUGGAAUAUAAAAAUAUAUGUUUCACCGUUUGGGAUGUUGGUGGCCAAGACAAAAUUCGUCCCCUGUGGAGGCACUAUUUCCAAAAUACACAGGGUCUAAUAUUUGUAGUGGAUUCCAACGAUCGUGAUCGUAUAACUGAAGCUGAAAGAGAACUACAGAACAUGCUCCAGGAGGAUGAGCUUAGGGAUGCAGUACUUUUAAUUUUUGCUAACAAACAGGACCUACCAAAUGCAAUGACAGCUGCCGAGCUUACGGACAAGUUACGCCUUAACCAAUUAAGGAAUCGCCACUGGUUCAUUCAAUCUACAUGUGCUACCCAAGGUCACGGACUAUAUGAAGGACUUGAUUGGCUAUCUGCGGAACUGGCUAAGAAAUAAAAAUAUUACUUAUAUUGUAAGAUAGGAAUUAGUAUUCCUAUGCUAAAAAGUAGGCUCUAAAUAAACUUGUAUAUGUAUAUAAAAUCGA